AUGGAAGGGGAAUCAUUGUAUGAAGCCUGGGAACGAUAUAAGGCACUGAUGAGAAGAUGUCCACCUGACAUGUUUAGUGAUUGGGUCAAACUCCAAAACUUCUAUGAAGGCUUAAACUUAGAAGCAAGGAAGGGACUAGACUACUCAUCAGGAGGAUCACUUAACAUGAUGAAAACUGCUGAGGAGGCUCAAGACCUCAUUGAGAUUGUGGCAAACAAUCAGUAUUAUUACUCAUCAGAGAGGCAACAUAACCCAGCCCCAAAGAAAGGCGUAAUGGAGCUUGAAGGUGUUGACGUUAUCUUAGCACAAAAUAAGUUAAUGCACCAACAAAUCCAACAACAAAUGGAAAUAAUAACAAAGAGAAUGGAUGGUCUCCAACUAGCAUCAGUGAACACAACAAAUCAAUCAUCACUUGAAUGGGGCCAAGGUGAAGGGACCACUGUUGAACAGCCACAAGAACAAGUCCAGUACAUGCAGAACACUUCAAAUUCUCAGGAUGAAUUUAAUGGCAAUACAUACAACCCAUCCUGGAAAAAUCAUCCCAAUCUAAAGUGGGGUGAAAACCAUUGGCAAAAGAACAACAACCACAACCACAAUCGUAACACAAAUAACCAAAAUCACCAUGCCACCAACACUAACCAAUAUAGAAAAACACAAAACACAUAUCAACCACCUCAUAAUAAUUCACAAACUCACCAAAACAACUUUCCUGUACCAACAUCUAACUCACAAAAUUACCACACUAAUCCACCCAACAACUUCCAACAACAAUCAACCCCCAUCAUUUCAACCCCCAUCAUAUCCCCAAUUGACCAUCAUGAGACCAGAAUCUCAAAUUUUGAAGCAACCUUGCAAGCACUUGCUCAAACCACUCAAGCCUUAAUCAAGGGACAAAAGGAACAUGAGGCCACCAUGAAGAGUAUUGAGCGACAAGUGGGACAAUUAGCCAAACAAGCUGAGCGACCAACCAAUGUUCUCCCAAGUGAUACAAUACCCAACCCGAGAGAGGAAUGUAAAGCUCUACAGUUGAGGAGUGGCAAGGUAGUUGGAGAAAGUUCGAAUAAAGAAGCAAUGAAACCCAAAGAGCAAGACACAGUGGAAAAACAAGUGGAAAGGCAAGAUGAAGAAAAGGCUUCAACAUCUAAAAAAAGCAAAGAGGCUGUCAAACCACAAGGCAAACCACCCAGUCAAGAAAGCAACCAUGAUAACAAGGAGAAUGUAAAGUUACAACAAGAAAACAAAAAUGAAGGAGUAAAAGCUUAUGUACCCAAGCUUCCAUACCCAACUAGGAUACAUAAAGGAGCAAAGGACCAACAAUUCCCAAGGUUCUUAGAAAUCUUCAAGAAACUCGAAAUCAACAUCCCAUUGGUAGAAGCUCUGGAACAAAUGCCAUUAUAUGCAAAGUUCCUUAAGGAAUUGAUCACCAAGAAGAGAAGUUGGCAAGAAAAAGAAACAGUGAUUCUCACUCAAGAGUGCAGUGCCAUCAUUCAAAAAGGGCUACCACCAAAACUCAAAGAUCCUGGCAGCUUCCUCAUACCCUGCACGAUUGGGAGCAUGGCCAUUGACAAAUUACUUUGUGACCUGGGAGCAAGCAUUAACUUAAUGCCCCUUACCAUGAUGAAGAAAAUGAUGAUUGAAGAGCUUAAACCCACAAGGAUGUCACUCCAACUUGCUGACAGAUCCAUCAAAAUACCAAAUGGAGUAGUUGAGAACCUCUUGGUGAAAGUGGGAAACUUUAUAUUCCCAGCUGAUUUUGUAGUCCUAUAUAUGGAUGAAGAGGGGAACAACUCAGUCAUUCUUGGUAGACCCUUUUUGGCUACAGCUAGAACAAUAAUUGAUGUGGAGAAGGGAGAGAUGAUUUUCAGAGUACAUGAUGAGCAAAUGACCAUAAAUGUCUUCAAGGCAAUGCAACACCCCGUUGAGAAAGAGAGUUGCAUGAGGAUUGAUGUGGUGGAUUCUUUGGUUGAAGAAGUACUUGAAACAAACCAUUAA